UCUGAUUAAAUGUUCAGAAAACUUGUUUAUAGAUUUUAGAUAGAACUUAAUCUGUUUACAUGAAAAGAGAACGGAAGCAGAUUAGGGGCUUACUCAUUGGCUAGUUGAUGUGAUGUUGGUUCGGCGCCCGAAGCUCACCUUGCAGUCGCCCGCAGCUCGCCGGAGUGUGGACGUUUUGGCCUUCGUCGUUCAGAAAACUUACAAAUGUAAUUAUUUUCAAUAUGGAUGGCCAAUCAAUUUGUGCUGCAAUUCGGAUUGGACAUGGAAUCGAUAACGAAUACGGGGUCGUCAGUCAGCAGUCCAAAUAAGCCGAAAUGAGUCGAGAAUACCAGAAAACUCCUCAAGGAUUUACAGAAGACCAAGGAAAAGAGGAAAAGACAUGUAUCUUUAAAAUACGUUAUUGCAAUUAUAUAUUGAUUGCAACGAUAAUAAUACUGGCAUCUUACCGACUAUGCCUAAUCGUAUGGGAUCCACAACUAAAUUCCAAAGAGUUGCCGCUGCGCAAUGCAUCGCAUCUGACCGAAACACCUGGCCUGGUGCCAGCACAGAAUCGAGGCAAGACUGCAACCUUUCGUUUCACACCACAUCUGCUGGACAUCAUGGUAUCUUCACGUCCUGCGUAUCUAAGAAGCCAGGGUCGCACUGGUGUUAGCAUUGUGCUGGGCGUGCCCACAGUGCAGCGCAGGAAGCAAUCGUAUCUGCGAAGUACUCUGUACAAUCUCAUAGAGAACAUGAAAGCGGAGGAGCAGAACGAGACGCUCAUCAUUGUCUACAUUGGCGAGACGGAUGGGGAGGUUAUAAAGCGGAUUGUUCAUCAAAUCGAGUUGAGUUUCAGAGCACAUAUCGCGAGUGGACUUAUUGACAUCAUAGCGCCAGCGCCCGACUACUAUCCCGACACUGAGGAAAAUGUGAGCUGGCACAGCAAGCAGAAUCUGGAUAUUGCAUAUCUAAUGGCUUAUGCCCACUCCAAAGGCACCUACUAUGUCCAGCUGGAGGAUGAUAUAUUGACCAAGCGAGAUUUUGUGACCACCAUGAGAAAAUUUGCGCUCAUUAAACUGGCUUUAGCUAAUCCGCUUGAACCGACUUGGUUUGUCUUGGACUUUUGUCCGUCCAGCUUGGUUGGCAAACUGUUUAAAGGCGCCGAACUGCCUUAUUUGAUAACCUAUAUACAAAUGUUCAACAAGGAUAUCUCCAUGCACAAGAUGCUCUUGUACUUUAUAGAAUACACAUUUUGCCGCAACGAUUCGCUGCAUUGUCAACUGGACAUGAACAAAUAUUGGCCACACUUCGAUGUGUCCUUAUUCCAGCACAUUGGCAGCAUCACGUUCAAGGAAAAGUUACGAAUGUUGGGGCACAGACAAAUUGACAACAAGCAGAUUGAGAUUAAGCGCAAGAAAGUCGACAAUUCAGAGAUUAAGCUUCGAGAGCUGCCCAACAAGGAGGCAAAAGGAGUCCAGUCGAACUUUACAUUAUUGCCAAAAAGUGCAAAGGCAUAAAGAGAAUAUACGCAGGAACUGGAACGAACAUUUCCGGAAUUUACUUUUGGCCUUUAGAAAGCAGCUGCUAGCUCCUACAAAAAUUGUGGAAUUCUUUCUUCACACAAGAAUGGGGAUCAGCCAGAAGGGCUUGUCCAUCCAUAUCCAUAUCGAUGCCAGCAUAAUUAAGUGAGCGGUCGAGUAAACUUCUUUAGUCGGAUGCAACCGACUGCGGAAUACUCUGUCACACUUCAAUAAAACCUUAAAACA